GGGGCAAAUCACGUCGAUAAUCAAAGUACGGAAAUGCUGAUCUGUGAUUCUACACAUAAUUAGUUCCAAAAAAUUCCGCUAUGAGCCUCCACUGUUUUGACUGCAAAUGAGCACAUACAAAUGAACAUAAUACGAGUUAACCUAGUAAAUUCACGUGUAGUCUUGUUAAUUAUUAUGUAUAAUUAUAUGUAACAUAUCAUAUUGAUAUUAUCUAUUUUACGUCACAUAUAAUUUUGUAUGAUAUACGUACAACUUAUAAAAAAAUGAGUUUGUUUGUUAUAAAUAGGUAUGAAGGGGAAAAAUCAGAAGAAGUCGAGAAUGAAACAAAUCAAAUUUCGGAACUGUUGAAGAGAGUAAAAAAGAAUAAAAAGCAAGUAACUGCAAGUAACAAUAAAUCUGAAUUGAAAGAUGCGGAUAAGGACGAUUUAAAAGAACCGAAGAAAAAGAAAAGGAAACAUCUGCCUGUUGUGGAAGGAACUGAUUCAUAUAUUGAGAACAAAGGCGAAAGCAAUGAGAAAAUCAAUGAAGAAAGUACAGAAAUUGUUAAAUCAAAAAAAAAGAAAAAAAGGAAGAAAGAUGUUGAGAGUGGAGAUCAUCCCGCAUUAGAGGAAAAUGACGAGUCAGAGAAAAAGGACGAGACGCCAACAAAUAAGAAGGAAUUACCUCCUCGAGAUAAUUUCAUGGUUUUAGGAGCAAAAUCUCAAAAGAAGCAACGUAAGGUUAGAAGAGUGUUGCCCGACUGGCUGGCGAAUCCUGAAAUUAUAUCCGCUGAUUUGAAGAGUGGACCUUCCGUGGAAGAAUUAGAUUCAAUGCUGGAUACUAAAUUGAUAGAAGCCUUAAGGGCCAACAGCAUCACCAAACUAUUUCCAGUACAGUUUAACGUAAUAAAAUGGUUGCACAAAUGUAAUAUGGAUAGGAAAUUAGGAUCGUGGCCGAGAGACACUUGUGUAUCUGCUCCUACAGGCAGUGGCAAGACGCUGGCCUACGUAUUACCAAUCGUGCAAGAAUUACAGUCACGAUUGGUGGUCAGAAUCCGCUGUCUGGUCGUUCUACCGGUGCAGGAAUUAGCUGCACAGGUUUAUGACGUGAUGGUGACUUACACGUCUCACACAGAUUUGAAGGUGGGCUUUCUCUCGGGUGCAUCUUCGUUUGAACAGGAACAAAGCAGUGUAAUAAGAAAAACUGAAAGAGGAGAGUACUUGUCUGCAGUGGAUAUUGUGAUCGCGACACCUGGACGCUUAGUGGAUCACAUAUUAAAGACACCUGGGUUCUCGUUGAAUUCUCUGAGGUUUCUCGUCAUCGACGAAGCCGACCGGGACACAGAGUGGCUGCAGUAUCUGCCUGAGCCUCAUUCUCGGGCUCCUCUCUUAACGCUUGGAAAUGUGCGGUCAAGCGAAAUCGUACCAGCUCAAAAGCUAUUGUUCAGCGCAACCUUGUCGCAAGAUCCCGAGAAGCUAAGCAGACUAAAUCUCUUCCAGCCAAUACUGUUCACGACCGUUAUGGUGACCGACAAAGACACCGAUGUGAAUCUGGACGCAAUCGCGGGUGGGGACUUUGUUGGACGUUACACGAGCCCGGAAGAACUGACGGAACUCGCAGUGGAAUGUGCCGCCGAGUACAAACCAGUCGCUCUGUAUCAGCUGUUGACGAGGCACGACAUCACCAAGACUCUCGUUUUCACGAAUUCCGGAGAUACCACGCAUAGAUUGGCGCUCUUGAUGCAAUCGCUUUUGUCGGAACAGAAUGUCGUGGUCGGUGAAUUAUCCGCUCAACUUGUACCGAAGCAGCGCAAAAGUGUUCUCGGCAAAUUUGCAAGCGGAGAGAUACACGUGCUGAUAAGCUCGGACGCGUUGGCCAGGGGCCUGGACAUCCCGGAUGUGCGGUUGGUCAUAUCGUACGACGUUCCAAAGUACAUUAAGGGUUACAUUCACAGGGUCGGUAGGACCGCGCGUGCUGGAAAACCGGGCACCGCGGUCUCCAUCCUGACCUCGAGUCAGGUCGGGAUAUUCAAGCGGAUGUUAAGCGGCGCGCAUAAAACCGUGCCGGACAUCGAGCAAACGGAGCUGAAUGCCACGGCGGACGCGGUCAGCUAUCAAGCGCACGUCGAAAAGUUGAAGGAGAUCCUCGAGAAGGAGAAGAGCGAGAGCUUGGAACGAACGAAAGCCAUCAAGCGUAAACGUGUGGCAAGUACGACCAGGCAACAUAAGGAUAAAAAAUAAUUGUUUUGUAAAGAGAGAAAUAAAAAGAAAGGCUGUACAUACUCA